GCAACAUCGCAGCAAUGGUGGUUCCAAAUCGAGAUCUCCCGAAACGCCUUCCAUUGCUCAUCCUCAAAGACAAAGUCCUUUUACCGGGCUCUUCCAUGAGGAUUGCUGUACGAGACAAUGCCAGGUAAGAAAAAAGCCUCAACUUUUCGCGCGUUCUUUUCCGCUGCACUGCGUAACUUUUAUAUUGCAUAAGCUCAACUUUGUUAUGUGUUUUGAUCUUUUUUGAUCGUCACAGCCUUCGUAUGAUCGAUACAAGACUUCUUCGAAAAGACACCCUAAGCAGUGUGAUCAUAGGUGUGGUACCACGACGAUCAGAGAAAGAGGUAAGUUGCAUAAAAUUAUUUUAUUUCUAUUUUAAUUUCUGUCCCGCUAAUAUUCGAUUUUAUGUAGUGUCCUAGCGAACGUGCUGUCGUGACAUCGAGCUGCACGUACAAUCUCAUUGGACCGGAAGUUCGUCAUUAGCAGAAUGACUGUGUGUUUGCAGUUUGUUUUUCGUGUGAUAAAUAAUACUUCCAAUAGAGUAGAAGUGAUUUUUUUGGGUAAACCAGUUCAAUCUUCCCUCAAACAGAAAACAAAAAAUAAAUUUAUAUCAGAAGCAGACCUAACUACUAACAAUAACUUUAGUUCCAGUUUCAAGUAAGAUAAUGCAAUGUGACCCUUGAUAUUAAAAAUAACAAACUUGAGCAACAUCUGUGUUAUGGUCGAAUAUACAUGUAGUGUAAAGAAAUAGAUGAAUCAUUUUAAAUAUGACAAAUACUAUUGGAUUCAAUCAUUUUUUUAUCUGUGUAGGUAGAAUUUAUUGAUCCAUUCUUCAAUUGAGCGAAAUUGUUUGAUUGAUUUUAGAAGCGAAGUAAACCAGUUUCAUAUUUUUUACAAAUGUUUUGGCAGUUUUUGCAUCUUCAAAUCCCCUCAUAAUUGAACUAUUUACAAUCUACAGGAUGAAGAAUCAUUGUUACAUGCCUUUGGAACAGCAUCUGUAGUAGUUCAGGUAACAGGUACCAACUGGCCAAAGCCCCUGUACACCCUGCUAGUUACUGGAUUGUGCAGAUUUAGAAUUGAUAAAAUAGUCAUGGAGGAACCUUAUUUGAUAGCAGAGGUGACACAGUUGGACAGGCCCUCCGAACAAGGUAGUUAUAUGGUAAACAUUAUCAACAUUAAACUUCUCAAAACAGUAUCACUGUAACAAAUGUGUGUCUUUAAAUAGAAAACUAUUUACAAACAUGAUGCUAUUAACAUUGCUGAUCCUAGCGAUAUACAGGACAUGUGUUAUAUGAACUUCAUAAUAGACCUCGCUCAUGGUAAAGUCUCUGGGACUCAGUGGUAGAGCCACAGAGGUCUGUGGUUCAAUUCCUUACUGGGACUUGUAAUCUUUUCCUUUGUCCCAUGCUCAUGACAAGACAAAAAACAUCUUUCUCUAAAUGUGUGUCUGUUGAGUUACGCAUCACAGAUGAUUUCAAAAUUUGGUAUUGGUGAAAAGUAUUUUAUCGGUCUAAAAAAUAUUUGCUGUGUAAUUAUUCACUGAUUGAAUAAUCUGCAGCUGUAAAAGUAAAGUAUUCUGAUGUAUUCGGAUUACAGAGGCAGAAAUAAGGAAAAAUGCUGAUUUAACAAUGCUAGCUGAAGAGUUUCGACUGUGUUCAAAUGAGUUGGUGGACAUGUUGGAUGGGAGAGUACCAUUUGUUUCCAGGCUAAAGGUAAUAAUUCAAAAGUCAUGAAAUUCCUGGUAUAUAAAAUGGAAAUAUGAUGCUUGGUGUCUUGUUUCAAUACCCAAUGUUAUACAAUGUAUGCCUGGUGAGCUCUGUAAAAAGGGAGCCUAAUUGGCAACCCUCUAGGCAAGAUUGCAAUCUUGCCAUCCAGAGAUUACCUGAUUUAAUUUUGCAAACUGAAAAAAACAAUUAUCUUAUGUGAACCCUUUAACUCCCAGCAUCUGAUUCUUUAUUCUCCCCUCUAUCUGGUACACAUUUCCUUGUUAAUUAGUUGUGAGAACUUGGUGUAAGAUUGAUUUAACAACUUCUACUGGAUGAGUUUGAGUAUUCUCAUUACCUGUUUGCUAGAUAAUGUAUGGAUAUUAUUGGGAGAAGUUAGAUAUAAAUCACUUCCUGGAGUCAAAGAGUUAAGUGGUUACUUAUAGCAGACUAUUUGUCUGCCAUAAGAAAAAUGUUUUUAAUCAGUUUUACAACUACAUUUAGAAUCACAAACCAUAUCUUGAAGACCAUAAAACAAAGUAACUGAGGGGGGUUUGUGAAUGUAUAUGGGGAUUCUCAAGUUUAAUCUUUUUGUCAUUUGAUAAAUCCUUUAUUGACCAAACAUGUUUUUUUCUAGAUGGCAUAAUCUGGGCCAUGUUCUUUUUUUACAUAUUUUUACGGAUCAUGGUAAACUUGGGAAAUACAUGUAUCAAGUUGUGUUGACCUCAUCCUUGAACAAUAACACUUAUCUUUGUUCUAUAGGACAUGUUGAGUGGAAUACCAGAUGGGAGUCUUCCUGACACGUUGGCAUCCAUUGUAAAAGCCUCUUACUUAGAGAAACUAGAGGUAUAAUGCUGAACUGCGUAAAUGACUUAAUCUUUUAACCUUUUCAAUCCUAAGAAUGAUAAAGAAGUUAUAGUUUCCUCACGCGAUAUCAAUGUAGGACAUUUAUUUUCAAUGGAAAUGAUCUUCUUGUAUCCAUCUGUGUAGAUCCUGAAUACAGUAGAUUUGAUUGAAAGGUUCAAGAAAUCUCUUCUUUUGCUACGGAGACAAAAAGAGGUAGAGUACAUCUUUCAGUUUAUUAUUGAAUAAUUUUAUUAAAUUAGUAAGUCAGGAUCAUGGAAGUGGUGUUUAAAUUUAGUUGCUGGAUCAUUUUGGAAAGUAUAUCAGUCACUUAGUAAGAUGGGAGUUAUUAUGUUAUAUUACAUAAUAGAUUUGAUUAAUUAUUAUUACUACAAUGAUUAUUUGACUGCAUUCACAAUUCUGUCUCAAUUUUAUUUUUGUAAAUUGGGACAACCUUUCUCUCUUACUUUAUCCAUCAAUACGAAUGCACUUUUUUUUUGGAAUUGGGACAUUCCUUUAGUGAACAAACUGAAAAAGGAUUAGCAUAGGACAUGAUUGCUUUUGAAAGUAAAACUAAAUUUAGAAACUAACCUGAUUGUUUGGCAAAAUUGACUUAUUGUUUUUGCUCAAUUAGAUUUAGGAGGGCACACCAGGUCAACACCUAAUUAUUACUUGUUACUUUUAUCUUUGAAAAUAUGAGUCAAAGUGUUUCCUGCUCAGACGAGAAAUGUUUCAUUCUAUAACAUGCUUAAAGUAGCAAGUAGGGCUCUUAAACAGGUCACCCUUUAUUAUUUGCUGGUACCUGUUAAUCAAUAUAUGCAGGUUAUGAGAGGCACUUUGUUCAUGGGAAUACUCUUAUAAAUGUCUUGCCCUUUCAAAGAUUUAAAAAAAAAAUGAAUUAAAUAAAUCAUUCCACUUUCACCCAUUCAUUCCAGGUGAUGGUUGGGAAAUCUUUCUAUUUUCAUCAACUAAAAUUUCUUUAAAUUUCAGGGAAUGAGAGGUAGCCACCCGCUGAAGGGUGGUUCAGAAUUUAACAGAAGGAUGUGGAAAAAUAAUACAAAGGUAUUUUAACCUUUAGAUGCUCUAUUGAUGAGAUCCUUAGACUAUUAAUUGAAAUGUUUCCAAAGAGUUUUGAAAUCCACCAAAAAGAAGGUGCAUUUAUGCUGUGGAUUCACUUCUGGAGUAAAUACUGAUCAGUUUAAAAACAUCUUGCUGGAGAUCUUAAGUAAAGUACAACAAUUUAUGGGAUGCAAAAUGAUAUAAAAGUUAAAUGUAACUAAUGUGGCAAUAAAAUAAUAUUACAGUUUCAAUUGAAUGGAAAUCUAUUUAUCACUAACAUUUUGAUUUUUCAGAUUGACUUUUCUUGGCUGUGGCCUUGCUUUAUGAGUGUAUGUAUCAAAUGUAUUUAAUAUGUAUCUCAAUUCCUAUUUUGUUGUCAAUUUAAGCGUGGCAGCAUACUCAUUUCUAAGGAACCCAAAAGGAUUUCCAAAGGUUUAGAUGAUGAUGACGACAAUAAUGAUGAAGAUGAUGUGGAGGAACUUGAAAGGAAAAUUAGGUAUGAUAAUUUCUUUAAAAAUGUUUGUAAUUUAGUUCUACAACUGUGUGAUUAUUGUUGGGUACAUUGACUUGUAACAUUCUGAAAUUCAUAUCAGAUUCUGUUUUUGAUCAUCAGCUUAGACGGAAAAAAAGUAGUUGAUCUAGUUGUUCCUUUGUUCUGUUUCCCUGUGCAUUUAAAAUGUAACUUUGAACCCUUUAUCUCCCAAGAUCUGAUUUAGGUCCAACAAGACAGGUAGGUUUAGGUCCUCUCAAGAUCUCAUUAUUAAUUCUCCCCUGUAGCUGCUACACAUUUCCUUCUAAACUAGGUAUGAGAAUUUAAUGGAUUUCUAGAUUACAACUUCUACCUGACCUGACCUAAAAUAGUAGAUAAAAUAUCAAAGUUAAGAUAAAAAGAAAUGUCUUGCUUGGUGGUAGAACAUUUGAAUGUUUUCACUCUUCACAAUGUUUGAAGGCACAGAAAUUUUUAAUAAACUCCCUUUAAACAUUGUGAAGAGUGAAAACAUUCAAACGUUCUGCCGCCGAGUAAGACAUUUCUUUUUAUAUUAACUUUGAUAUUUUGUCUACUAUUUUAGGUCUUAAUUGUGUUUUGGCUUUGUAGUCUUAGGCUGUUAAUGUAGUUUUAAAAUUCUAGUCAUGUAUAUAUAUAAUUGAGAAUUUUGAUGUAAAUUUUUUUUUAGAAACAGGGCCCCUAUGGAUACCAGCCUUAGAGCUGAAUGGGCUACCCUGUGUGAAUAAAGUUUUUACUUUUUUACUUUUUUUUUUUACUUUACCUACAAGGAGAAGUUACAUGUUAAUCACUUCUAAGAGUUGAAGGGUCGUGGCAUUAUUUUUGAGUUUCUAUUCUUUAUUUCUGAAGUGAUCACUUUCAUUGUAAAAAUUGUUGUUGAAUGGAUGCUAGAAGAGUAUUAGGGUUGAAACUUUAUUGUUUUCAUUUGAUUUCUGUGCUAAUUUGGAGUUAUCAUUUGAAUGUUAUAAUUUGCCCAAAAUCACCUAAAAAAAACACUGUUUGAGGGCCAUAAAUGUUAACAGAACUGGAAAGAGCUGCUCAGCUUGGUGUACAGCCCUAUGAGAUUUUGUGGUGUAAGAUGGUAACUGACUGAGUUAAGUCAACCUGAAUGGGAAGAUAUUUAGCUCAUAGGAUAAUAUUAAGAACUUGGCUCAGUCUUUACUAGGUACUUAUUUCUUGUUUAUGUUUUGCCAGGUCUGCUGACCUUCCAGAACAUGCUUUCAAAGUAGCUAUGAAGGAGUUGAAGGUAGUUAUGUGUCCUAUCUAUCAUUUAUCUAAGGUAUAAAGUCUCUCAUAGGACCAAAUGUCCUUGUAACCUGUUAUUUGUGGGCAGCAUAGGCUGUUGGGAAGGCAAAGUUAAACUGUGCUAUUCUGAAGUAUUACAUACUUACUGAUUAAGUGAGAGGGCCAGAUGGGAAAAUAAGAGGCUCAAGAUCAUAACAUAUGGACCAAUUCCAGCAAGGUUUGUACACUGUGACCGAGAGCCAAAUAUUUUCCUGUUUGGCCUGACCAAACUCAGUCAAGAAGCUUUUCAUUAUACAAGCGCUAAUUGUUGAAAAUUUUGAAAAUUUUGUUUUCAACCUUAAAGUGCACAAUGGACAGGAACACAGGAGAACCUAAAAAGGAUUCUACAAAUAUGAAAACUUUUCCUUUGUUUUUUCAAACCAGAAAAAGAAACUUUUCCUUUAAAUUUUUGCAACAAAGAUGUGAGUGCUGGGCCACAAGGCUUUACCCAGACAGGGUCAGGUCAACCUGUUAGCUACACUUGUCAGCUUUCACUGUGAUUUUCUAUGGAUUGCACACAAGGGGCAUUAUGGGUCAUAUGUUAAUCAUUGUUUUUGAACUUAUGGAUGAUAAUUUCCUUUCUAUAACUGUAAUUUUAAGCGCUUGAAGAAGAUGCCCCCACAGUUCCCAGAGCAUGCUACAGCAAGGUACUUUGAUUUUAUUUGUUAUAUAAUAAAUGAACUCUAUGUUACAUAGUUACUUGUACUUGGUAUGUUACAAAUGCAAGCCCUUGCUCAUUAAGAGAAGGUGUUAUUAAUGACGUGUCAUUUUUUUUUUAAGAAAUUAUCUGGAGUGGAUGGUUGACCUCCCAUGGAGCAAAGAAACUACAGACAAGUUAGACAUAUCCCAAGCAAGGUAACAGUGGGUGGAAAUUACUGCAAUUUUUUAGUUGCUUUUCUUAAGAAUGCUUUGCUUCUCAUCUCUUGCAGUGAUUGGUACAGCAAACUCACACCACUUCUUGGAAGAAAAUAUUUGUUCUAACAGCUAAUUUAAUAUUGUUUGUAAUGCCAUUUUAGAGCGGAUCUGGAUCAUGACCAUUAUGGCUUGGAGAAACUGAAGAAGAGGGUCAUUGAGUAUCUGGCUGUUCGAAAAUUGAAAAACAGUUUGAAAGGUAAUGCUGCAGUUUGAAAAUGUACAGAACACCUCAGUCUAUGUUUAUCUUUGGUCAACUCCUCUCUCUCCUCAUAAUUUUUCUUUCCUAUAGUAGGUCAGUUGGUCAUUUGGCCAGCAGUCAGUUGCCAGACUAUUUGUAAUUUUAUUCAAUGUGUUUAUGGGUGCUUUCAUUUGCUAACAUUGUCUUGUAUGUGUAGGUCCUAUUUUAUGCUUUGUUGGCCCCCCUGGGGUUGGAAAGACAAGUGUUGGAAGAUCUAUUGCAAACACUCUUGGCAGAGAAUUUCAGAGGUACAACAAGUAUUAAGUUUUUAUUUAAAAAAAACCAAUUAAUUCUAUAUUAAUAUUUCGAAACACUGUGUAAUGUUCAGUUAGGUUACUGUUGCUUGUUUACCUCAAGAAAAUAGGGGUUAAUAAGGGUGGAGUAGUAACAUGUAAUAGUUCCAGGUACAGGUAAUCAGUGCCACAUGCAUAUAACUUGUACAGUGCUGGAAAUAUUUUCUCUUCAGUACUUUUCAACUGAUGGAACAAUUGUAGGAAAACUCAUGGUUAUGAAUAAUUAUUCUCCAUCAAUUUCUUUUUUUGUGUGUGUAAGUUCUGUUAGCGUGAUGUUUCCUGAAACUGUACUUGUUUACUAAUGAUACUUUAAUUAUUAUUUUCCAGAAUAUCACUUGGUGGAAUUUGUGACCAGUCAGAUAUCAGAGGACAUCGGUAAGAUUUUAUCAUCUUGGAGGAUAGCCUUUUUUCGGAAUUCUUGUUUUUCAUUAGGGCAGUGCUUUGAUGGUAUCAAAUUCUUGCAGAAAUUAUUUCUUAUACAGACAUGGAUCCACCCAGAUAUUCUACAACAUACAUGUAAUCUCCAUACCAUAGGACUGGGUGUGCUUCUGUUAUUUACGCCUUUGACACCCUAGCAUCAGUAUGGAUGUUUGCCAUACUGUUCUUUAUACAUUGCUCAUGGUGGUGACCAGGAGCAUCUGUUUCUCAUUAAAAGCUUCUUUGGUUGGUAAUCAAUUCCUUAUUAUUCUCCUGGGCCCAUUUUUUUGAAAGCCGAUUAGUGCCAACCCAGGGUUAAAUUUUAAUCUGAGUUUCUAUACUUCUUUGUUCGAUAGCCUUUUUGGGAUCAUUUUCUCUACUCUAUAUGGAGCAUCCAAUCAUCAAACUGUUGACAAAAAGAAUUCAACUGAAUUUUCCAUAAAAGCUUCCAGAGCUGAAAUCCGAUUUCACACUAACCCUGGGUUAUCUAAACCCAGCUUUGAACAACCCAGCCCUGACCCUAUUGUUUGAUUUAGCAUUUUUUAACUGUAAGGAGAAAUUACAGAUGCUUGGCUCUAAGAGGAAACAGGGGCAAGUAUGAUGCAAUCCUAGGCUCAAUAGCUGACUUUUUCUGUUUAAGAAGAUUAUCAUGUAAUCACUGUGACUCAUCUUUGAGUGCAUACAUGUAUGUGUUUUUAUAGGCGAACAUACAUAGGAUCAAUGCCUGGAAGGAUCUUAAAUGCCUUGAAAACGGUUGGAGCAAAGAAUCCUGUUAUCUUGUUGGAUGAAGUGGACAAGAUGGUAUUGAUAAACUUGAUUUCAUUGGAUGUAAUUUAAGUUGCACCAAAUUUUUCUUCCUUUCUCUCACUCUUUUCAACCUUCCUGCUUCUUUCUUUUCUCAAUUUGCCUGAGAUUGAUAUCUUUAAAAGCCCUGGACCAGAAAAAGAGACUCCUUUGAUUAAUUGUUUACCUUUUCAUAGGGCAAGAGUCUUCAUGGUGACCCCGCUGCUGCCCUAUUGGAAGUGUUGGACCCUGAACAGAAUUGGACAUUUGUAGACCAGUAUCUUUUUUGAUCAAGCCCUUCAUUUAAUAACAUUUGACAUAUACCAUGGGUUUGAUGAUUGUUUGUUACAGUUAACCCCCCCCCCCUCAUAUUUAAUUUAGGUUGAACCAUUUGCAUGACAAUUUACUAGCACUCAUUUACUACUCUCAGGUUGAUGUGAAAACUGUUCAUUCUUGCCGUAGAUGAAGAAUCUAAAUGAAAACAAUUAAAUUAUAUGCUGAUAAUUAUUCAGACAAAAAUUUCAAGUGAGCUCAUUGAAUAGAUGGGUUGAUCAUGUGGCAAAGAGCCAGAGGGAGGGAAUAGAGAGAGUUCAAAGAGGAGAAAAGGAUGGAAGGGGAGGGUGGGCUGGUAAAAAAGAAAAUUAAUCCUUAAGUGCUUUGUUCAUGAACCUUUCAUUGAGUGUCUUUUUUUUUCACUCUAAAAAUGUAUUUUCGCUUAUUGUGUCCUUAACACAGACUUCUUUGUAGCUACCUCAAUAUUCCAUUUGAUCUUUCACAAGUGAGUAUUGUCUGAGCUUUUGAAAUUGAUAUAUCGUUUUUCUAAUUUUCCUCUUAGCUGCCUUUGUUUACUUAUUUGCCCAUUUUGGUUCCUUUUAUCCUACAGGUUCUGUUUAUAGCCACUGCAAAUACUGUUAGCACCAUACCUCCUGCUUUGCUUGAUCGAAUGGAGGUGAGAGAUGUUCAGUUGUAAAUGAGAAGGACAAGGCAGUCAAACCCCCGCUGUUUUCUCGUAAUAUGUUGUUAUUAUGAACAAGUGUGGUGUACUAUUUAGCCUCCUUACCUUCCCCCUUUGUCAUCUUGUUUCCAGGUAGGGGGGGUUGGAAAGGGUGGGACGGGGGGGUGAAAAUGAAGGGACAGGAAGGGGAGGGUAGAGGGAAUGAUAUAAUGUAGCCCACGAGAGGUCGUUAUAAUUAUGUGACAACAAGUUUGUCUUGUUGUAUGACUGUAUUGGAUUUUUUAACUGUUUUUUUUUUCUUCUUUAAAUUUCAGUUGAUCAUGGUUCCAGGUUACACUCAGGAAGAGAAGAUCGCUAUUACUAAGCGGCAUCUUUUGCCAAAACAGCUGAAGGUUCGGAAAUUGUUUUAAAAAGACAAUUUUUAACCGCUAGGGUUACAGAAUAAUAAAGAAGUAACAACUUUUUGUUUCUUUUUUCUCAUUUAGGAACAUGGACUUGCUGAACAAGACAUGGAAUUUCCUGAGGAUUCUAUGAAGGCAAUAAGUAAGUAAAAUGACUUAUUGGCGGGUGGGCGCUUAUCAACUUUUCCUUCCUACAUGGGGCCCUUUUCGAGGUGGGAGGUGGCUGCUCUUUCGAGGUUAAGCGCUCAACCCUUUAACUCCCAGGAUCUGAUUGUUAAUUCUCCCCUCUGGUUGCUACACAUUUCCUUGUGAACUAGUUACGAGAAUUUGGUGUUAAAUCAAGAUGGCAACUCCUGCCUGAUGAGUCUGAGUAUUCUCAUUACCUUUUUGCUGGAUAAUUUAUGGAUAUUAUAGGGAGAAGUUACAUGUUAAUCAUUCCUGGAAGUUAAAGGGUUGAUUGAAUAAAUACGUUAAUCAGCUUUCACGACCUAAACAGGUAGCGUUCGAUUGGCAUCCAACUGCACACUCGAUACUGAAUUCUGCUUAGGUUGUGGUAACGUCAGUCUUUUUUUAACAACGUUAGUCGCUGUCCGAAUUAACUACGGAUGAUCUCAUUUCACCUCGGAAUCUCUCUCAUAUUCGUUAUCAAUGUUAGGAUUUGUUUCAUUGAUGGCUGUUUACAUUUUUCUCUUCUUUAGAAGUGCUAUUGACUCAGUUUUCGGUGAUCUUUUUUCAGUCUCUAAUUACACCCGGGAAGCUGGAGUGAGGUCACUGGAGCGCAAGAUUGGUGGCGUGUGUCGGGCUGUGGCCGUGCAGGUAUGGAUUUGAAGAGUAGCUCUUCUGGUAACAAUGUAACCAGCGCCGGACUGAGAAGUCAGAAAUGCGAUCGUGGGGAAGACACACGCAAGGGCGGUGACGUCUGAGGCAUGGACGAGAGAAGGGGGAGAGAGGGGUUCUUCCAUCUUUUUCAAGAAUCUUAAGCAUUCAACCCGUGUCAUGUCGCACUGUAACACGGUCAAUAUUUAUUUGGCAGUUUUUGUUUAUUUCGCUAAACUAUUCAUAUUUAGGUUGUGGCAGUUCCUUUACUAUAAACACUGACUUAUUUAUUAGAAGACAUCGUAAAACACUGCGAAGUCGUUCAUAACCGAUCUUACACUCAGAAAAGUGAUCAACAGGCAGCCUUGUCAGUAUUAAAUUAUUGCAUUGAAAGGCAAUCAGAGGAUAAGGAUUGAAAAAGCUCAAGGAAGUUGAAUGAGUGGAACACAAAUUCUGCAAACUAACAUAUGAUUAAACGCAAGACGCUAACCAAGGAGAAUAUAACUUAAUCUCUGGUAGCGAGUCACGGUAGAAGGGCAGUAUUGGCUAAUUACUGUUAUGACUUUUUAAAUUUUUGGGUGCUUUGUUAUCACUCGUGUAGGUAGCUGAAGCAACGAGAGGUGCUUCAGGACAAGCUGAAGAAAGUAGCGGACAAGAAUCCAAAGAAGGGGAAGCCGAAAAACCCAAGAGCGAAACUGAUAAACCCGCUGACCGAGAGGCGUUUUUGAUCACUGAAAAAUUCUUGACUGAAGCAUUAGGGGUAAGAUACUCAGUAAAUGUGUCACUCCUGGCACUCAGGGAAAUUCUUUUUUCUCUCAAGGAAUUUAUUCCCAGUGGUUGAGGAUGUUUCUUUUUCCUUUUUUUUUUCACUGACGUUUGCAAGUUGAUUUAUUUUUUUUAGCCUCCUGUAUUUGAAUCUGAAGUGGCUCAAAGACUGUCAACUCCAGGUGUGGCAGUAGGUAAGUCAAAUUUAAGACAAGAUCAAGCAAAGAGACUGAAUCUUCACAGUUUUAUUUAGGAUUACAGGAGUGUGGACGCCAGAGAAUAGUACAAUUUUAAUUGAGUGUCGAAAAUAAUUCGGGAUUGUAUUGAUUUUGCUUUGCUUUGCGAUUGGUCUAGAAAACUCGCUUACCAAAUCAGAGGCAAACCUUAAACCAACCGCGACUUGGUCAUUCGCGUUUUCCCGCGCUUCAAGCAGCUCGCCUGUUUUACUUUCACUUCAUAUACACUGUAGGCUUAAGGCUUGGGAUGAUACUAACCUUUGCCCUGAUUGGCUGUUUUGAAUACUUAAAUCGAAGUACGUAAUAAUGUCGCGACUGACCUGAAAUUUGCAAUUCUCGUGUCUUUGGUUGAGUACAUAUCCUUAGUUCUCUGAAUGCGCAUUAUUCUUUCCCCCCACCCCUUCCCUGCAGACAUCCUGUCGAUGUCAGGCUUGCUAAAAGCUCAGUUCUGAUGUGCGGAUAAUACUGGAGACUGAAAUACCAUUUUGAAGACAGUUGAAAGAGAUGAUUAUUUGUUUCGCUAGGUUUGGCGUGGACAGCAAUGGGUGGUGAAAUCAUGUUUGUGGAGGCGACGCGAAUGGGAGGAGAGGGAAAAAUCACUUUGACUGGACAGCUGGGUAAGUUCACUGAUUUAUAGGUAUAUUGUUUAAUGGCCAAAAAUCGGCCACGUCCAAGCACGGUUUCCUCGACAGAAAGCAAACUUGAGUCUUUUGUCGCUUUCCAAUUGACAGAACUGGCCAGUUCAAUUGUUAUGUCCGUAAUUAAGACUGGUCAGUCACUUCUGAGUCUUGAGAUAACUAGUCGUGUCAGUUAGUUUUAAAGCUCUUGUGCGGACUACCCACGAAACGCAUAGGAUCUUUGUCUACUAUUUUCGACAAGAGUACAAACUUACUACAGGUCAGCUUCUCCUGUACGCUGGCAACAAUUACUUAUUUCCCUGCGGAAUCUGGUGACUAAAAUUGCCCUCACUGUGAACAAACUUUCACCUAGAACAGUUCACAGCAUCGUCUCAAACGUUUACAUUUCCAACUUCAGGGGAUGUCAUGAAAGAAUCCGCACAGUUGGCGUUGAGCUGGCUUAGAAGUCGCUCAACUGAGGUGAGUUUUUUUCUUUUUACACCAUGUGGCUUGGUUAUUUGAGCAAGUGACGUACCAUUGUGGACUUAAGCUUAUAAAUGAUGAUGGCUGUGAUUAUUAUGCACAUCCUGUACUGGGCAUAAUAAUCCCGUAAUAAGGUGAAUAAGCGCGCGGGCAUUCCGAGAACACGGUAUUGUUUUUCAAUCCAUGGAAUAAAUAAAGAGGAACGGAGGUCUUGUGCUUUUGAACAAUCACGGUGAUCUAUAAAUUUUUAUUGCAUAAUUUUGGUGUACAAAUUAUCUCCUUUAAAUUGGAGAAAUCAAAACAUUCAAGGAAAGCGUUGAAAAAAAUUGUUCGAUAUCAUUUUUUUUCUGAGGAAUUACCUUAAUCAAACCUAUGGUUUGUGCUCUGACCUCAUCCUUUAUCCUCUAGAGUAUUUUCAAAGGUUUUAUGUAAAAGAACCAAAAACAACCCUGUUCUCACAACGCUACUGUUUCAAAUUGGUGGUGAUUCAGGUAUUGUGGUUUGGAAGAAUUCGAUCCUAUGCUCAAAGAAUAGUCAUAACUCUGUUGGCCUUUUGGAAAGUAUCGAGGAAUUGGGAUCAUUCAAUUACGUUUUAACUUCUCAUGCAUAUUGUAUUUGUCAGACAGUAACUGAGUGUUUUAUCCUUUUCUCCCGGUCACUGCAGUACUGUCUGACAUCAGAGGACGGCGUGGAUCUACUUGAGCGCACAGAUGUACAUAUUCAUUUCCCAGCAGGCGCCGUUGGCAAAGACGGCCCAUCAGCUGGAGUUACCAUUGUUACUGUUCUUGUAUCGCUUUUCAGGUAAAUAGGACAAUAUUUCACUAAAUGUCGAAUUUACUCCGGAUUGCGUUAGUUCUGACCUUUUACCCUUUGUAUUGGUCUCGUAAACUCGCAAUGUACUCCCAACGAAUCAUCGGCUCAACUCAAACCAGUCGCGACUUAUUGGGUGCUCGCGCUUUCUCUCUCGUUUAAAUACUUUGAGUUCCAAUUGGCACCUGAUAAUAGUAGCCUAUGUUCUUAUUGGCCAUCAUAAGAACCUUGGUUUCGUUUUACGACAAUGGAUCGAAGAGCAAAAGGAAUUGGGAAGAGAAAAAACCUUGAGUCCUUGCGAGGAUGUGAACCUCAGAUCUUCGGAUUUUAUGAUCUCAUGGUCUACCAAUGAACUAUAGGGAGUCUAUAGGUUCUCGCUUCUUUCAAAGAUCGAGAUAAAAGUAAAAGGAAAAAGUUGUGAUAGAGCAGAGGUGGAAUCAGUUGAGUAGAGCUACGAAAACUUUCCCUCUCUACAAACUCUUAACUCUCUGUGGGUUCUCUCCAUCUUAGUUUUAAAAAUCUUCUCGCUUAUUAAAUCACGCUCUGGAAAAUAAUGGCGUUUGGAAAUGAAUCUUACUUUAUAUGGCAUCGAUCCCUUUGAUUUUGUAUAUAAAUUAAUGCUGUAUUUGCUCUAAUUUCGCAUCCUACUCUUGCUUUUACAGCGGCCGAUGUACCCGUUCAGACACAGCCAUGACCGGAGAAAUAACCUUGAGGGGGCUUGUUUUACCGGUAUGGUUUGCUGUGUAGUGUACCUUUUUAGCGAUAAUAUGAACCCCAAAGGGUUGACACGGUUGUGUCAUUUGUACACAGAUAAUUUAUUAGCGAAGAAACUUAUUUGCUAAUGUAUUCUUGUAGGUCGGUGGAAUCAAGGAAAAAGUGUUGGCUGCCCACAGGGCUGGACUAAAGAGGGUGAUACUACCGAAAAGAAACGAAAAGGUGGGUCAAAUUGGGGCAGAGUGAUUCAACAAUUAGUGGACCAGUUUGGACUUAAAUGGGAGUGUUCAGUAGAGAAGAGGUGGUUGCUUUAUAGAGAAGGGGGGGGAGGGAAGGGGUCUCAUCAGAGACGGGGAGGGAGCAAAUUAGAGAGGUGGUAUAGGGGUGUAUUAGUGUAAGAUAGGAAGCUUAUCAAAGAGGGAUAGGGGCCUAUUAGAGUGGAGUGUAGUGGGCAUAUUAGAGAUGGGGUGGGUAGUUUUAUCGAUGAGGGGUUAGGAUGCUUAUCAAAGAGGGAACGGGGCGGGGCUAAUGAGAUAGCAGGUGGAGGCACAAUGGGGAGGGGUAGGGGCCUUUUAGAGGGAAGGUUGGAGACUACUAGAGAAGGGCGGAGGCUCAUUGAAGAGGGGCUGCAUGGAGCUUAUCGCAGAAGGGGUGGGGAGUUUUUUAGAGAGGGAAUGAGCUGUUACUAGAGCGUUUGUAGUCUCUACAGAAUAAUCUCAAACUAUAUCAAAAUGAGCCUAUUGAUAUUUGCUAUUGUCGUUUUUUUCACUACUAUCCAGGAUCUUUCAGAGCUGCCGGAUAACGUGAAGGUAAGAGAUUUGAAAAAUUGAAAGGAGUGCUUCGUUUGUCCUUGUCACAGAGACAUUUUUUAAGGCAACGUAAAUCCUUUACUUCUUCUUACUUGCGAUCAAAGAGCACGUCGCCGGGACUGCCAUUUAUCAGAAUAUUACAGAUUGACAAAUUAUUUCCCUCUUGCUCUUAUUGUGAAGCAACAUUCAUAGUACUAACACAAGCGUAAAACAACGAAAAGUUUGGGACUUACUGAUGUGAUCAGCUUUGGAAUUAGUAGUUUUAAAUAUUGUCUUUCAAUACGUUUGCUACGCGAAGUGGGGUGCAUGAGAUUCACUUAUUUUGAGGAACUAAAAUAGAAAAUAUUUUUCCCUCAAUAUGUUCUUAGUCAUCAUUUCUUAUGCUUUUCUUCUUUCUUUUUUUUCAAGGAUGAGAUGAACUUUAUCUUGGUCAACCGGGUGGAGGAUGUUUUACGCGCUGCGUUUGAUGAUGAAUCUCCAGGAAUGGCACAAGCUAUUAGUAGCAAGCUAUAGAGAUUACCUGUUACCGCAAAACUUUUAAGACAGUUCGUAGGCAACAUCGUAAAAACCUAACUUGCCUAGCACUGAGAUGGCAGGAUUCAAAGGAGAAUUGAUUCUUGCGAAAGGACUGGUUUUAACUUGGGCUGAACUUGAAAGUUCCGUAAUGUUUCAAAACCAUCAAUAACCCUUAACCCCUAAGAGUGACUGCCAUCAUAUUUCUCCAUGCCAGAUCUCAAUCAAACCCGAAGGUCAUGAGAAUAAAAGGAAUGAUUGGUAAUUAAAGAGGCUCUUAAUUGUUUGAAAAUUUUUCCUAGUAAACACCACAGGAAAUGUGCAGAGAAAAGUGUGGAGUAUAUGCAUACUGAUGUUACGGUGUAAAGGUUUAAUGAGAUACAAAACCACGGUUUAAUUAGCAUUGUGAUUAAUGUUUUUGCAUAGUGAGGGUUGUUCAUGUUGUGUAGAAUCUGUGAAUUCGUUUUGUCCCUUUCUGUUUCGAUUGAUGAUCACAAAAACUGAAUCAAAAUAAACCAUAAAAAAGCAAACAAAAACUUGAAAAGGAUUCAUGUUAUAAAAAUAAUGAUAUUGAUAGUGUUUUCAGGUUAAGAAAGAAGUAGAGAAAUAUAGAUUGUUUUCGCUGAAAUACCAGUUUCAGACUCUUGAAACACAAGAUCUUAAAAGUGCAUGAUUUCACUAGAAAUGCAGUUUAUAAAAAUUAUUUAUUGAUCGACGUUUUUUACAAGAAAGAAUUCAUGUCGAGGUUUUUCCGUUUUCUUUUGCGUGGCUAAUACUGAGACAGUUCACAGGUGCACCUAUUGGCUUCACUAUCUUCAAUUCACAACAAGCCAAGCGUAAUGAAAAGUGCAGUAUACUUAAAGAACAACCUCUCUUCUCAGCUUAAUUCAUGAGGGUUGAUAAAGUGAGUUUGUGUAAUCCUUUCGUUAUAAGUUAAUGAGUCUAUCACUGAGAAGAUCAAUAAAAAACAGUUGUGAACACCUAUUCAAAUA